GUGACCUGGACUCCUCCUGAUCCUCUGGAUGGUAUCACUGGCUACACCAUCUCCUACACUGGAGGAGGCAGCAGUGGUAGUGAGGCUGUCAGUGGUGGAAACACUAUGAGUCACACUCUGACUGGUCUCACCAAUGGACAGACCUACACCAUAUCAAUUGUAGCCACAACCAAUGCCAAUGGUCUGUCUAGUGCACCAGUGCAGGCCACUGUUGGUUUAGUUCCAUCUGCUCCAGUCCUUGACUCAACUCCAACAGUCACUACGGAUACCAUCACCAUAUCUGGUAGUGUUCCCAGUGGCUCAGUGGUGACUGGCUAUGUGGUCCAGUGGCAGAGAGACACCUCACUUGUCUGUCCUGAUCUGAGGGAUGAUGGUAGUAUCACUGAGACUAGCAGUAGUUUCACUGGACAUACAAUAACUGGACUAGAGCCAGGCAAUAGGUACACCAUCACUGUGACAGUCUCUAAUGGAGCUGGUAGUGGUCCUGUCAGUAAUGCUGUUACUGCAAUGACUGAGGAGGCAGCUCCCAGUGGUGCUCCUGGCCCAAUCACUCUAGUUACAGUCACACCAAACAGUGCCAUUGUCCAGUGGGGAGAGGUGAUUUGUCCCCAGAGAAAUGGAGAGAUCACAGACUACACAGUUACUGCAACCAACUCAGGUGGAAUGGAGGAAGGAACUGCUAGUAUUAAUGUAGAUGCUAGACAAGCCACAAUCUCUGGACUGACUCCAUCCACACAGUAUACUGUGUCAGUAGCUGCAGUCAAUAGUGCUGGUACUGGACCUUCCACUACCCUCUCUGUA